AGCUGCAGAAUCAAACAAGCCUGGGAGCUGUUUCUUUUACACAUUCAUAUCCUGGUGUUGUUAAUUUAAGCUGAGCUGCGCUGCGCUAUAGACAAAACCCAACUUUUGUUUCUGUUUGUUUUCUCAAGGACAGCAGCAUUGCUUUUAUAUAGAAAAAUAGAAGAAAGAGGAUAUUCUGCUGAACCUGCAGUCCUUCCAGGAUCUUCUGCAUACUUUUCUUCGUCUCAAACUCCAGCAAGGAAUAUAUAUACUUUUUAAACAGAAGUGAAAAUACUGCUGAGAUACUUCUGUUGCCUUUUCUUUUUUCUGAUUUGAAGCACGUGUCAAUCAGAAGAAAGGCAGACUCAAAAGAGAUGGCAGUAGCAAAUCUGCAUUACAUCACAAGGAUGAACAGUGGCUUUAAGGUCUACAUUCUUGAAGGGCAGCCAAGCCUACGAACAGAAGAAAGAUUUCGCUCACUUUCCAGUAAUCGGCUGAGUCCAACCUUUGUUUAUCCAAUGAAGCGCAAGCAUAGUCCUGACAGGAAUUCCAGCAGUGAAGCUGCAGAGUGUCGUAUGACAAAAGUGAAGCAGGCUCCUACAGGAAUGGCAAUCAGAUCAAAAACAAUGGAUGGCCAAAAAUUCAAAAUGCUGGAAAAAGAAAAGAGGCCCUGUCUGGCAGCACCACUCAGGCUUCAGACUUCAACAUUGCACAGUCACAUAGAGCAUCCACCUGUGGCCAUUCCACGAAGUCCAGUGCAGACAUCACCAGUAAACAGUCCAACACUGCAUAGCACUGAGUCCUGCCACUGCAGCCCAAGAAGAGGGUCAACAAAGAGUAGCCCUUCUGCAUGUCUGCCCUCUACACUUCCCCACAGUCCACAGAGAUCAUCCCCACAACACAGUCCAGUUCCACAUUUAGGGGUGGUGACCCCACAAAGUAUGGUAUGGGCAUCUACACCAUGUAGUCCAGUGGAACGCACUCAGCACAGCCCAUUAGAAGGUACCACCACACCAUCCAAAGCAGGCUAUGCUUAUUCAGUUACUGCCUCUCUGCAUGAACCUUCUGAUGAACCCCUUGCUCUCAUAAAGAAUCCACGUGACCCAUCUAAGGUCAACAGCACUUCACUUACCUCUGCACAGACCAGCAUGCUACAGCAGCAGAUGCGUCCUUCUGUGAUCACGUGUGUGUCUUCUAAUCGAAGCUGUUGUGAUUCUACCACAUCUUCCGUGAACUGCUGUGCUGGGCGUUUGUCUACCUCCAUAAGGAGAGAAGAAAAAGCCAUGACUCCUGCUUUUGAUCCAGUGGUAGAAGAGCAUUUUAGACGCAGUCUGAAGAAGAAUUACCAGCACUCUGACUUGUUGCACACUAUUUCUACAACAGGUUCUGUUGACGAUCAUUUUGCCAAGGCUCUUGGUGCCAAAUGGCUCAAACUCAAAGCAGCCAGAGAUGCGUCACUAGCAGAAUGUGCACAGCAAGCAAGUUCUCCAACCAGUACCUCCUGCAGUCCCCAGAGUGUCCACUCUCCAGUCAGUCCAUAGACUAAGCUAAUAGAACUAUAAUAUGAAUGACACACCUCUUGAUUCCUUAUGGAGGACUGUGAAACCUAGUAAAGUCAGCCCUUCCCAUUUCAUCUCUUUAAAGGUAUUUUAUCUACUACAAACAGAAGAGGCACAGAUGGCUGCCCUCACUACCAAGAAUAUCUAAGGUGAUGUGCAGGUUUAGCCUUUGAAGACUGGGUUUGGGAAUGUGGGUAGAAAAGGGGCAUUUGCACAGCAGAAGGCUGCUUCCAUGUGUUCUGCUUGGGUGACAGAUAGAGCUUGUAGCUUGAGUGCAAUGGGUUAAAGCAGGACAAUGUAUUUGUCUGUGUAGCCUGUGGGUGUAUUAGGAGUGCUAGUGAAAACAGAGGACAUAGUGAGUCAGCUUAUUUUUUUAAAAAUAAAGCAAAGAUUCCUCUUUGAAUAUACAAUGAAAAUGAGAGCCUACUGAUGGAGCAAAAAUUACUAGAUUAUUAAAAUGAAAAACUAAUCAUUUUUAAGUACUUGCAGUUACACUGCAAAAGUAAAAACGCAGCACUAAAAUCGCAUUUGGUAAAAACACAUUUGAAUGUUGGAGUUAGAAAAUGUCUGGACUACAAAGAGCUUUAAAGUGCCUUACAAAGCAAUAGAGCUGCUAACAUGUUAAUGUACAUUGACAAAUAUGGAUUAGAUAUGAUACAACUCGAAUAUAUGCAUAGAUACAUGUUGGCAGUAUUACAUUUUCAACAGCUAUCUGCAUAAAUCCAUGGACAAAUUGGGACAAAAUUUACUUCAUACAUAGUGAUUAUGGUAACAGCAGUAUACCUAUUGACCUACCCUGUACAUCAGUAGAAAUACAGACUCUAAUCUUGUUGAGAACUGCUUACAGUCCUUAAGAAGUCUGCAGCAUUUUAUGUAUAACAACAAAUUAUAGCACUGAAUCCUGUUUCGCAUGUUGCUGGUAGCUGCUGUGAAUUAAGCAAUAUUCGUGAACAAUUCGGAGAAUGAACAUUCAUGAACAAGUGAAUCAAUUCGGAGAAUGAACAUUCAUGAACAAGUGAAUCAUUUUGAUAAAUUCAGCAAUAUUCAUGAGCAAUUCAGAGAAUGAACAUUCAUGAACAAGUGAAUCAUUUUGAAUGGUACUGGCUUUAAAACCAGUUGACUGAAAAGUUAAAGAAAACUUUUGUAAAUAGAUAUUUAUUGUUUCUGACUGUCCUUAAAUUAAAAGCUAAGGUGAUUGAUUUACUCUUUCUUCCUCCAGAGGUGCUAUAAGAGCAAAAGGGUUUAAGGGAUUACAUUUGGGUUGAGCUUUAUUACAGAAUGGAGCAUCUUGGGUACAUCACUGUUUCUAUUGUACAUUGUAAAACCAAAUAAAUAUUUUUGUGUGUUUUAUAAA